CGGGCAUUUGGGAAGAGAGCUGUGAAUCAGGAAGGACAGCCCCUCAGCGAGCGCCACACGAAUAGAGCUGCUUCUGCUCUGACUGUGUGUGUGUGCUUCCCUAACUCCACGCUGCUGGCUCAGUCACUUCACAGUAGCUCUCAGGCAGCUCCAUUGAGAGAGGAAAGAGAAGGGAAAGGGGCUGGCACACUGACUGAUCUUUCACCUGCCCUCUAGCCAGCUGGGAAGGCCGGCGGAAGGCGUUACCGUCUCAGCUCUGCCAAUCCCAGGCUGCUCCACUCAUUGAGCUCCCACAGUCACAUACAGUGACAUCAGUCAAACAACUUGUGAUCCGGGAAGCAAAUCAGCUGCAAUUAGACAUUAAUUAAGUAUUAUGAAAGUUGAUUAUUUAAGUGAAUACGGCUUUGGACUGUGUGACUAUGCUGAAAGACGUGUUUGCACUGACACAACCUCAGGAAAGCCGAAGAUGGCUGCCAAACGAAAAGGCGGCCUGAAACUAAAUGAAAUCUGUGCCAAACUAAGCCGGCAAGUGGUGUCAGAACAGGCCUCUGAAUUGGGAGAUGGGGAUGUUGGAUCUCUGGAUAUCAGGGAAAGGGAAAGGGAAGGGGAACAAACACAAAAAGCAGACUCUACAGAAAGUCUGAAUUCUGAGCAUAGAAGUGCAGAAGAAGACAAGAGACGCAGAGAAGUAAUAGAGAAGUGGGUGAAUGGAGAAUACACAGAUGACCCCCCUGAAAGAGUGAUCAAGGACUUCAAGAGGAUAGGGGCAACUGAAAUUCCCCCUGAAGGCGUCUACAUGGUACAACCAAAAGGAUGUAGUGAUGAAGAAGACAACACUGAAGAAUCGAAAACUUCUCAAGUUAGCAAAUUCCCAGAGGAGAAAGAUUUAGAGAAGUCUGUUUCAAAGGAUGCAGCAGAGGCAGCUAUUAAACAAACCUCAGGGGCUUCUACAGGAGAAACCUCAUCCCUGCGUGAUUAUGCAGCGAACACUAUGAAUGAAUUUCUUGGAAUGUUUGGGUAUGUACAGCCUAAUGUGCGGGAUGAGCUUGCAAAGAAGAUCAGCUUUGAAAAACUAAAUGCUGCUACCUCAGAGCCCCAUACUGCUGAGGAUGCACUCAGCAAACGAGCCAGGUUCUCUAAAUACGAGGAGUAUAUCCGUAAAUUGAAGGCUGGGGAGAACCUUUCUUGGCCUCCACAAGUGACAAAGUGUGACGAACCGAACUCUAAAACAUUGCAGGUCAAAGAAGGUGGAACACAACAACCAGCACAACAGCCACUCACUGGCAGAGUACCUGGAGUUGAUUCAGGCAUAGUGCAAGAGACAAAAACUUCUGUUUUGCCCCUCUCAACUGCUACCACCUCACAUAUGCAAGGUCUUAUGUCUAGAGCUUCCAAAUACGACUUCUUCAUUCAAAAGCUAAAAACUGGAGAAACUCUGAGGCCACAGAAUGGAAAUACAUAUAAGAAGCCCUCCAAAUAUGACCUGGAGAAUGUCAAGUAUCUUCACCUUUUCAAACCUGGAGAGGGUAACCAAGACAUGGGUGGUUCUAUUGCUUUUAAAACAGGGAAAGUGGGACGUCCCUCUAAAUAUGAUGUCCGUAAUAUACAGAAACUCACCCCACUGAAGGCAGCAGCAGUUGUUCCAAGCCUAGCUCCAGCUUCUCUCACAAGCAAUCCUACCACUCCUGCACCAGCAACAGAACAGCCUGUGACAUUGCCUUUCAAUACUCCAGAGUAUCUUAAAUCAACCUUCUCAAAAACAGAUUCUAUAACUACAGGAACAGUGUCCACAGUCAAGAAUGGACUACCCCCAGAUAAGCCCCCUGAAGAUGUAAAUAUUUACCAGAAAUAUAUUGCCAGAUUUUCAGGCAGCCAGCACUGUGGGCAUAUUCAUUGUGCAUAUCAAUACCGCGAACACUACCACUGCUUGGACCCUGAGUGCAACUACCAGAGAUUUACAAGUAAACAAGAUGUAAUUCGACAUUACAACAUGCACAAGAAACGUGAUAACUCUCUUCAGCAUGGCUUCAUGAGGUUCAGCCCGCUAGAUGACUGCAGUGUGUACUACCAUGGCUGUCAUCUGAACGGGAAAAGCACACACUAUCAUUGCAUGCAGGUGGGUUGUAAUAAAGUAUACACCAGCACCUCCGAUGUGAUGACACAUGAAAAUUUUCACAAGAAAAACACACAGCUGAUAAAUGAUGGCUUCCAACGGUUUCGUGCCACAGAAGACUGUGGCACUGUUGAUUGCCAGUUCUACGGACAGAAAACUACCCACUUUCAUUGCAGGAGACCUGGCUGUAGCUUUACUUUUAAGAACAAGUGUGAUAUAGAGAAGCACAAGAGCUACCAUAUUAAAGAUGAUGCUUAUGCAAAAGAUGGCUUUAAGAAGUUCUACAAAUAUGAGGAAUGCAAGUAUGAGGGAUGUGUAUACAGCAAAGCCACCAACCACUUUCACUGUAUCCGUGCUGGCUGUGGCUUUACAUUCACUUCCACCAGCCAGAUGACUUCCCACAAGCGCAAACAUGAGAGGAGGCACAUACGCAGCUCUGGGGUCCUUGGUCUCCCAUCAUCCCUAAUAGGUGGCAAAGACAAUGACGUUGAGGAGUCUAGCAAUGAUGACUUAAUUGAUUUCUCUGCUUUAAGUAGCAAGAACUCUAGUUUGAGUGCCUCUCCCACCAGUCAACAGUCUUCCGCACCCUUGAUCCCCUCUGCUUCUGAGGUUCCUUCUCCUCAGACAAACAAAGUCACCAGCACUGCUCCCCCCAACACCAAGGUCACUGGCCUCCUUCCCCAGACAUUGCCUAGUACUAUGCCAUUGGCUUUAGCCCUAUCUAGUUCUACACUUCCUGCAACUGGGCCAUAUUUCCCAAUUAUAAGUGGGCGUGGGAGUGCUUCUCUUCCUGUUAGUGGCACUAACUUAAUUCCUGUAGUUGCCCCAGACUCUUCUCCACAGUCUGCUUCAGGAGCAAGUGAUCAAAAUAGCACUUUGCCAGCUGCCCCAUCUAUUAUGGAAAGGAUUUCAGCAAGCAAGGGGUUAAUUUCACCAAUGAUGGCUCGACUGGCAGCAGCAGCCUUGAAGCAGUCUCCAUCCCCUGAAGCAGGUACUGGCCAGCUAUCUGGGAAUCAAAGUUUAGGAAGUGUUGGCACAGAUCCAACAGACACAGAGCCUACGCCAUCUCAGAACACUUCACAAGAGCACAGUCUUGAUCUUAGUUUGAACAGUGAAUCCAAUGACCAGGAAACAGUCGGUGACCAACCACUCCAUACAUCACUUGUAAAUAAGUCCAGCUCUAUUCCUGGAAAUUUGCUCAGCCUUAAAGCAGAUGCUGAUAGUAAUGACUCUGGGACUGUGGAUUCAACACAUUACCUUGGCAAGGUGAUGAAGGCUCUUGCUCAAGAAAAGCACAAAGAGCAUUGGAAAACAUACCUACGCAGGUUUGGUCCUACAGAUGUAUGUGACCCACAGUGUGACUUCCUGCACAAGCUUCACUUUCACUGCGUGGUUGAAGAAUGUGGAGCCCUCUUCAGCACCUUGGAUGGGGCCAUAAAACAUGCUAACUUCCAUUUCCGGACUGAUGUAGGAACUGCAAAAGGCAGCUCUGACUUCCCUUUUUCAGGAGACAUCAUAAGCUCAUCGGGCCCCUCAACACCCCCAUUGCCUUCUAGUAUGCUCCCUGGAUGUGAUGUACCAGCUUCCUGUGCUGCUGCUGUCCCAUCAGCCUCAACUCUACUUGCAUGGAAGCAGCUGGCAUCCUCUAUCCCACAGAUCCCCCAAAUUCCAGCCUCAGUUCCCAGUCUGGCAUCAUGUCCCAUGACAACAACUUCCUUGGAGAAUGCAAAGCCUCAAGUCAAACCUGGAUUCCUGCAGUUUCACGAAAAUGACCCCUGUCUAGCCACAGACUGUAAAUAUGCAAACAAAUUUCACUUUCACUGUCUGUUUGGGAACUGCAAAUAUGUCUGUAAAACAUCAGGCAAAGCUGAAUCCCACUGCCUUGACCACAUCAAUCCAAAUAAUAACCUGGUGAAUGUUCGGGACCAGUUUGCAUACUACUCCCUCCAGUGCCUUUGCCCUAAUCAGCACUGUGAGUUUAGAAUGCGAGGGCAUUACCACUGUCUUCGUCCCAGCUGUUACUUUGUUACUAACAUCACAACCAAAUUGCCAUGGCACAUAAAGAAGCAUGAGAAGGCUGAGAGACGAGCGGCAAAUGGCUUCAAGUACUUCACUAAAAGGGAAGAAUGCGGAAGGAUUGGGUGCAAAUACAAUCAGGUGAACAGUCACUUUCACUGCAUUCGAGAGGGUUGCCAGUUCUCAUUCCUGCUGAAACACCAGAUGACAUCCCAUGCCCGCAAGCACAUGAGGAGGAUGCUCGGGAAAAACUUUGACCGAGUACCAGGCCAGGUUGUCUCUCAUACUGGCAGAAGUGACAAUCUCUGCCAGCUGUCCACAGCACCCAGCCCAUCUUCUACAGACACACCUUCAUCUUUCCAAACUACAUCCCAAAAUUUCAUGGAUACAGAAACUGAUGAAUACUUGGACUACACUGGAGCAGGCAGCCCUGAUGGGAUGUCUUCUGAGUCCUCCAACAUGGAUCGCAGUUGCUCCAGUACUCCAGUAGGCAAUGAAAGUACAGAAGCAGGCUGCCUGGUCCCUUCUGCUUGUGACGACGCUCUCACCCACAAUGUACCUCCACCACCACCUCCAGCAGCAACGGCUGUUCCUCAUGCUCCUUCCUUUCCACCUUCCUUGGUCAGGUCUCCCCUUACUUCCCUCCCGUAUCUGCUUUCACCAUCCUGUGUUUCAUACUCCCUGAUCACUGCCAGCUUGGGUGUCGGCAGGGGCAUAAUGGUGCCCACCAACAGCGCUCCAGCUUUCACACCAGUUAUAGCCACUUCAGCUCCAGUCAAAAAUGAUGUCCCUCUAGUACAGGAUGCUGCAGGCAACACCAUCACUAUGCCAACAGCUUCUGGAGCUAAGAAAAGGUUUUGGAUAAUUGAAGAUAUGUCUCCUUUUGGCAAGAGACGCAAAACAGCUUCUUCACGCAAAAUGUUGGAUGAGGGCAUGAUGUUAGAGGGUUUCAGACGUUAUGAUCUUUAUGAAGAUUGCAAGGACUCAGCUUGCCAAUUUUCCCUGAAAGUCACUCACUACCAUUGCACUAGGGAGAACUGUGGCUAUAAAUUCUGUGGUCGGACCCACAUGUACAAGCAUGCCCAGCACCAUGACAGAGUUGACAACCUAGUGCUUGAUGACUUUAAGAGAUUCAAAUCCUCCCUAAGCUGCAACUUUCCAGAUUGUCAGUUUUCAGGAAACAGUACACAUUUUCACUGUUUGCGGUGUGGCUUCCGAUGCACUGACAGCACAAAAGUGACAGCUCACCGCAAACAUCACGGUAAACAAGAUGUCAUCAGUGCUGCUGGCUUCUGCCAGUUUAGUUCUAGCGUAGAUUGUGAAGUUUCUGAUUGCAAGUACAAGCUGAAGUGUUCCCACUUUCAUUGCACUUAUCCCAGCUGCAAGCACACUGUGGUCGGUAUGUCUCAGAUGGACUCACACAAACGUAAGCAUGAGAAGCAAGAACGCGGGGAGCUUCCAUCAGUCUCCCCAGGCCCUGAGGGAUUAACUCAGACUGGCACUGAAUAUGACCUUCAAAAUCCACCAGUAAACUUGGACAGCUCCCUGAAUCUGAACACAGACAACCACAGCUCCCUUCUCUUCCUGCAAAAUCCUGUUGGAGUGGGCUUGAAUGAUUCACUAGACCUUAGCAAGAAGCCACAAGAUGGGGCCACUACAGUCUCAAGACAAGAACUUCAGGACAAUCUAGCAGGGCACUCUGGAGAUGCUGAUGACUUUUUAUCUCAAGAUGAGGAUGAUGAUGAUGAUGAUGAUGACGACGACGAUGAAGAUGAAGAAAUGAAUGAAGAUGAGGAGGAAGAUGAGGAAGAUCUUAACACUGAUUCAGAUGACUCCUUGCCUGCUGGUGAGUGUUUAGCAAGCAAAGGAGAUGAAGAAAGUACAGUGGGCUCUACAAAUCACUGUGACACCUCACAAAUCCCCUUAAAUCCAUAAUUUAAUUUUUUUAUGUAUAAAUGGAGGGCACUGCUCUCUGUCUAUAUGGAAAAACAAUAACAACAAGUGAAGGAAAAGGAGCCUAAAUAUUGCUGAAUGUGUUCUGCUCCUCACUAAGCCACCAGUUGAGAGGACUGAGGAAAGCAUUUAUGGCAACUCCUCAAAAUGAAAGCAUGAACUCUGGUGCAUGACACCAGUGGGACAAGAUUGAAUGACUUCUUCCAACUUGAAAUCCAUCUAAACUUUACCAUGUCCUGGUGUCAGAUAUGGAAAAAAAGAUGGGGUACUAGUUGUUACUCCUCUAGCACCAAAAAGGGGAGGGGCUACUGUAUGUUUUUAAGCUAGAGGAGGAAAAUGGGCUGGGUUUAUGGGUAUUUAUUGACAAGCAUUAUUGGGUGCCCUAUGCUGAGGCUCUCUUCUGUUCUUCCAGUUUCUAUCUGGGUAAUUCCCAGGAAGUUAAUGAUUUAUUUUAUAAAUAUUUAUAUAGAAAGCUUUCCUCUGCACCAUUUGCUCUAAUUAAUUUAUUUAUUUGGUAUUGUUUCAACAUUAUAAAGGGGGCCUAAGCUUAUAUCAGUGGCCAGAAGUGUGGCUGCUUGUUGAAAUUUUGGUAGCCUGGAGUGAUGGUGGAUGUGUCAUAAGGUGGUAUAACUGCAGUUACUUAGUUGGUUCCAUGUUAAAAACUCAUUUUUCUCAGGGGUGAGCACUCAAUAUCAGAUGAGCUCUUUUCUCUAGUUCAGCUUCCCCCAACUCCUGUAACACAUGCUAGGGAUCAGGAUGAUGUGCACUUAAAUGAUGAGUCUGGGAGUAGAUUUGUGCUAGCCCUGUAAGCAGCUAAAGUUGGAGAAUAAGCAUUGUACCUCAGACCUCUGAGUAUAGCACAGAAUAUCCUCUCUCAGGUAGAAAAUCAUUCAGCAAAGAAGCUACUUCCUAACAUAGUGGGAGUGAAAUGAACAAUUACAAUGUUGCUUUUGGCUUGGCAAUGUGAUAUGUAUGGGUUAGGAUAGGAAGACAUUAGGAUUUGGUUACAUGUUUUGGAGUGUCACUACCAAAAAGAAACAACACUACAAGCUUAACCUCCCACUUCUACCAUACAGGAACUACACAUCCACCUUGCCAUUUUUCCAGUCUGAGAUAUAUUUAUUACCCUGAACAAAGAACACAACAAAAAAUAUGGGUGUAAAAUCUCUAGUGUUUGCAACAAAUGGUGUAAGAGAUACAGAUGAAUUAUGAUUAAACAAAAAAAAGUUGUACAGUAUUUUUUCUGUAAAGGUUAUAUAUAGAACAAAAGGUAAAAAUAAGAAAAAAAAGCUUGCAAAAAGGUGGUAUGGUGGUGUGUCUGGGCACCUUCAGGCAUCGGCAUUAUCACCUUCUCCCCGCUCUAAUUGCUCUUUUGGUUUUCUAGUUUCUGAUUUUAUGGAGUCGGGAGGUUUGACUUCACUUUAGCACUGAAACGCGAUUCCGACUUUUAACUUGAAUUUUAUAGAAAAAAAUGUAAUGUUCAGAUAAUAUGAACGAUUGUAAUCUUCAGAUUGUUGCUAUAAGUUUGUAGUAAUUUAAUUUUGUGGGUUCACACGCCCUUUCCUCAAUCAGUUCUGUGCGUUUUAUUUUCAGUUACAGUUUUCCCUUUUUUCUUUGUAUGUCAUUUGUGACAUGAGACUACAUCCUGCACCUUUUAACUGUGGAUGAUUCUAACAUCAUAUUAAUUACAUUCUAUUGUAGUCUUUCUCAGCCAGUAUAAACUUGAAUUCAGGUUUGGAGGUAGGAAAGGCUAGGGAGUAAUGCACCCCAUUGGGUGGCUAGACAACUUUGGGUCUUGAGAGCUGUACCCAGGCCAGACUUUUAAUUUCUAUGUUUGAUGGUUUGUUUUUUUAUAUAUAUCUAUACUAAAGUAGAAUAUCUAUCAAGUCUGGUCUGCGUCACCUAAGGACCUACCUUGUCUACCUACUAUAUGCUUUAUAUUAUGUUUCACUCUCUAACACAACAGAAGUCUCUUUCACCCAUCUGCUGUUCUGUACAUCUUAUGCAUUGAUACUGACAAAAUACAAUGGCACUUUUAACUGUAUUAAGAAUAAAAUUUAGCUUGAUGGUCCAGCGCCAGCAAGAGAAGUGAAGGGAAAAUAGACAGUUAUCCCAAAGGAGACUCAUCACAAGAUUGGUUCAUUUCUAAAAUCUUAACAAAUCCAUUUACAAUGUAGCAGAAAAGGGAGAUUAAAAUGAAAAUGAAGAAACUAUUACGUUGGAGGUUUUAUAAGGUUGGUAUUGCACAGUAGGACAUAAGCCAUCUCCAACUCAUCUUCAGAAUUUAAUGUGUCAUUUUGUUUUUACUUUUCAGUAGAAACAAAACAAAGGUCUUUCUUUGCACUGGCUAAUUACUGUUUACUAUCUAUAUCUAAAUACUGUAGAUGUAUAUUGAUAUAGGUAGAAGCAUAUGCAUGUGUCACUGGGUGUGUGAGAUACAUGUAUGAGUAUAUAUACACACAGACACAUAUAUGUAUUACAUCCAACAAUUGUAAGAUUAACCUAAAGCCAGGAAAGAAUAUGUUCCGCAACAUACUUGAAUUGGAUUUUCCCACAUUGCUAAGAACUGAAUAUUUUUCCACUUGAACUUAGUGCUGUUAGAAAUUUAAUAUAUGUGUUUAUUUAUUUGAUUUUUUUUUGUGCAUGACUGAUGCAAGGUUUGACAUUUUCACUCAAUAAAAACUGGAAAAAGUACACAUUG